AUGGCAUCGGGUGGAAGUAGUGAUUUGAAAACGGCUUUUGAUACCUAUGCAAAAUUCGGUAAAACAGAAGCGCAAUUGAAAGAGAAAGAUAUUCGAAUUGAUUCGAAAAAUCUUCAAAAAAUGAUGAAAGAUGCUGGUGUUAUUGAUUCCAAAUACACAACGCAGUUAUUCGAUAAUGACAUUGCUCGUGUUCUCGGCAAAUUAACCAGCGGUGGAACCUAUCCGAAAGGAAUAAAAACAUUCGAAUUGAACGGUUUCAAAGCACUUAUCGAUCAAGUUGCUGACACGAAGAAGACAACAGCUGAUGCGAUCAUUGCGAAAAUCAAUUCGACAGGUGGUCCAAGUCUGGCCAAUGUUACAGGAACAGCGAACAAAGACAUCACUGGACGCAUGACCGAUCACACUCAAUACACCGGUGCACAUAAGCAACGCUUUGGCGAAGAUGGCCACGGCAAAGGAAAGGAAGGUCGUACUGACGAAGCGAAAAAUACAGGCUAUGUUGGUGCUUACAAAGGUGACGUCGAGAAAAAAUAUUUAAAUAUCUUUCUUGUAUUUAAAACAACACCCAAAGACAAAUUAAGGCUCGAAAUUACAAUGCUCUCGAAAUUUAACAGCAUCAACUCGAUUGUUGACUAUCUCCGAGAACCGAUUGUUCCGUCGACAACGAAGGAUUCUCGUAAUAAUACUACUGUUGGUUUGAAAAUGUCGAAAAAACAGCGAAAAACAAAGGAGACGGCGAACUCUACGGACACUACACAUUCUCCCCCGCGAUCUCAACCACAAAUGCUACACAACGUGAACAUUGAAGUAUUACCGAAAGGUCGAAUGAGAUAUGGUCCUAUAACGGUUAAUCCGCGAAAAUUGCCAUCGAAAACCUUGUUUACGGGCCGUCGAUCAAAAUAUGAAGUCUUAUCUACGGAUGAAGAAGAACGUCGUCGUGAUCGACGCGAACGUAAUCGCAUCGCCGCAACGAAAUGUCGCGAAAAACGGGAAACCGUUCUCGGUCAACUGGAAAAUCAACACCAAGAUGAGUUAGAAACCCAUCGGAACCUUUUGAAAACAGUUCAUGAUCUCGAACAGCAAAAGAAAUAUCUAGAAAAUAUUCUAAACAACCAUUUGAAUGACUGUCCUCUACUUAACCCUUCGUUUUCUAUGAUCUUCGGUGAUACAAGUUUUCUUUCGACGAUUAUCGAUGUUCCUCCUCCAGUACUCCCGCCUGGCCCUCAACCUAUUGUCAACAGUGAAGACGACGAACUCAGUCACAUACUUGAUCCAUCGCCCGGAUUGACCAAUUCAGCUUAUGAGACCGAUGAUUCCAAUCAAAUCUUUCUGCCACCACUCGGAGGAUUAUCAGCACAACCCAUAACGAUGACUAGCAGUAGUAUCGAACGGUUAAUUAACAGCUUGAACACUCCGACCAUCUCAAUGGAAAGUGCGAAUAAUCAUUCCAUGUUAGUCAACACUGCAUUCGUGAUGAUGACUCGUUACCAUCACGUGCCAAUCCUUGUGUGUAUUAAUUCAAAGCAAUUUGUCUCUCAUUCGUUGUCGCAAUGA